CCCGCGCGAAAGUCCUUACUGUCGCUAGCUUCACACUGCUUCGUCAAGAGCGGUGAAAUCGCUAACAUGGAGUUGGGCUUGUUUUUCUUGUUACCUUGCCAGUGUUAAGCAAUUGAGACACAUAAAAAGAAGUUUUUGCGAUCGAGAAAUGUAAGGAAAAUGUCUGUCGUCUUUGUGCCGAAGAAGCAACGUGGGAAAGCACAAAUCGAUCAGGAGAUAAUACAAAGAUUACUUGACGAAAAUGACCAGUUGGUAAGAUGUAUAACCGAAUACAUGCAGAAAGGAAGAGCAACGGAAUGUGUCCAAUACCAGCAGAUAUUGCACCGAAACAUUGUUUAUUUAGGAACUAUCGCGGAUGCCAGUCCAAACGUUCCUUCAACAUUGACAACGCCUUUUCAAAACGGAGAAGUGCGGCCCAUACCCUUGCCGGUCUUAAAUGAGGGCGUGAAUGGUUGUAGCACAUCAGAUAAUAAAGAAAACAAGAUGACAGGUUCAUCAUGAGCUUUCAAUUUGGAUGUUUCCAGAAGAGAUUACUUUUUGCCUUGUUCACACAUUUUAAAUGAAUAAAAGCAAAACCUGAUCCAAACCCUAGUAUUUGGAUGCUGGAGUUCUACAAUUUUACAUGUUAAAUAUUCUAGUUGCUUUCAUAUUUCUGACAACAUUCAAUGUAGAUGUGUAAAAUAGUGUUGGAUUGUUUGCUUGAUCAGCUGGGAACAUUGUCAUUUCACCAUCAGAAAUCGUUGUGUGGUAUUUACCUUUGGUCACAUGCUGUUAGCUCAUCAGAAACCCAUGGCAUAUGCUGUCAACAAGCUGAUCCAAGGUUAUUAUGGUUACUAUAAGGUCUGAUGUAUUAAGGACAGCCUUUUGAUUUGAUACCUCAAGGAAAAUCUUCAUAUUGUAGAAUUACUGACAUGACACAUUUUUUAAUGUAUGACUAAUAAAUGUAUUACAUCAUUUGUUAGUAAUGGUUAGCGUCACUUGUGUAGCCAAUGUGUACAUGAGUUGUAGAUGCAGUUAGGCCUGUAGAGGGUGCAGUUGCCGUUAAGUCUAAUCAAGAUGAUGCAUUUUGAUACUGUUCAUGUAAUGAUGAUUUGUCAAAUGUGCUUUCAUUUUGUUCCUUGCAAAUGGUAAAGCAGUUGCAC